UAUACGUAUAUUAUUUUUCUACUAAAAGAAGAAGAAAUGGUCGAAGAAAUAAAAGAUUUGCAUGGAAAAAAAGCCGUUAACAAGGAGCUUCUUGAUAUAGCUCCUUGGGCUAAAGGAGAUCAUUUACGAAAAAUUGAGUCUGAAGUGCUUAUCCCAAACUUGAUGAAGAAAAAGGCCAAAGUACUAUGCAAAGAUGUCAUGGCCAGUUUUGCUGAAUGCGUUAAAGGCCGAACAAUUUCGAUGGCGUGGUCUUGUGGAAAGGAAACAAAAGCGAUGAAGAGUUGUCUCAAAGAAAUGCUAGCAAAACCUGAACUCUACGAAGAAGCGCGCGUGGAGUAUCUAACAACACGAAACAGCUUCCAAGAACAUUACGCUGCGACUGGUGUAAAAAAGAAACAGCAGAAAAAAGAAUCAGUGGUGUAUUGAAAAUGUCGGUUUGGGAUUCAAGAAUAAAAGCGCAGUUAAUUAUGCUAUACCUUCAUAGCCGAAAUAAUGGUUGUGUGAUGUGUUUUCCAUAAAACGAACAUCCUAUGCAAUGUGAAACGCCAUGUCGUUUAGAUAUAAUGUGUUAAAACUUUUUGUAAAUAAAACUUUUGCUAGUUAGUGGAUUUUGAGCUAUUUGUGGCAUUUCCAAACAUGCGUGAUUUCUGUAGAAUAAAUCUUUAUAAGACGUUAUUAAGUUAUAAAUAUUGACUAGUUUUGGAAAUUUUUAUUCUUGUUUUAAAUGUGAUUAUAAAUGGUCCUAUUUGUAUCCUUUUUUACUGUUUUUUUUGUCAUCGUACAAAUUUCGCACAUCUUUUAACUUUUUUAAUGUAAGGCCGUCCUUAAAGAUUUUUUGCUUUGUUCUCGCCUAUUCCCGACUCAAAAACAAUUAAACCACGUAGUCAAAUUAUUUUUAGUUAAAUGAAAAUAUAGCAAAGAAAUCGCUAAGCAAAUAAAUAAUCAAAACAACAGAUCACACUGCGAUAGCGCACUUCAAACGGCUACCAUACUUGUUACACAGGGUUACCACUCCUCCUUAAAUUCCUUAAAUAACCUUAGAAAAAGAAAAUCUUCUUAAAAGUACUUAAAUAUACUUAAAAAAGUUGAAAUUUUAGCUAUUCUCCUUAAUUUCUUAUUUUCUCUGACCGUUAUUUUUUUGGAAAUGUGUUAAUGGAUUGUUUAUCACCAGUAAGACAUAUUUCUCUGUUACUUGAAAUCCUAUAUUUUCUAUCUUUCAGGGCAUAAUUUAUAUGUAUAAUUUUUUUAUCAUAGAACAUAGUAUGUAACAAUAAAGAUAGAGAACUAAAAUUGGUUUUCUCCUUAA